AUGAUCGGAGGAGGAGUUGGAAUCAACUUCGCCAAGCAAGUUUUCAAUGAGCCAACUCCAUUGGCUGUUCCAGUCGGAGGAUUCGCUCCAGGAUCUCGCUACCAAAUCGUUGUGGUCCCAUCAGGAGGACAAAGAUUCCAUAUCAACAUCCGCAAUCCGGACGGAAUCAUCCUCCACCUCAGCGCUCGCUUCGACGAAAGCGCUGUUGUUAACAACUCGAUGAGCGACGGCGCGUGGCACAGCGAAGAUCGUUUUGAACUUCCAUUCCAACCAAAUAAGGUCUACACCCUCGACUUCAUUUCAAAGGGAGGAAUUAUUGAGAUCAACAUUAAUGGUGUUCACUUCACCGAUUUCGUCGAGAGAAUCCCAUCUCACAACGCAAAUCUCAUCGAGGUCGAAGGAGAUGUUCAUGUUCACGCUGUUCACAUCUUCCAUUAA